UGCCCAGACAAGUGCUAGGCAUAGUGCCCCGAGCAAGUUAAACAACUCUCGGUGGAAGAGAAAAUGAUCUGGAAAAUCACCAGCUUGAUUUUCCAUCGUCCCAAACAAGUGCUUUCUUCCAUCUCCAACCCAUUCAGCCGCCAACGAAUCCUCCUCUCCACAUUCCCGGCAAAUUCACCAGAUUUGAAAACCUUAUGCUCCAACGGUCAACUAAAAGAGGCCCUGUUGGAAAUGGGCAUUCAAGGCCUUGAAGUGGAGUUUCAAGGCUACGAUUCAGUCUUAACUGAGUGUAUAAGCCAAACAGCCAUUAGAGAAGGCCAAAGGGUCCAUGCCCAUAUGAUCAAAACCUGUUAUGAACCGCCUGUGUACCUUAGGACUAGGUUGAUUGUUUUGUAUAAUAAGUGUCAGUGUUUAGGUGAUGCAAGGCGGGUGCUCGAUGAAAUGCCGGAAAGGAAUGUAGUCUCUUGGACUGCGAUGAUCUCAGGUUAUUCUCAGAGGGGUUAUGCCUCAGAAGCCUUGCAUCUUUUUGUAGAGAUGCUAAUGUCAGGUACAGCCCCUAAUGAGUUCACUUUUGCAACGGUGCUUACUUCUUGUACAAGCAGUUCCGGGUUUCAGCUAGGAAGGCAAAUCCACUCUCUCGUUAUCAAGACCAGUUUUCAAUCACAUAUAUUUGUUGGGAGCUCGCUUCUGGACAUGUAUGCGAAAGCUGGUAAGAUUUGUGAAGCUCGUGGAGUUUUUGAUGGUUUGCCAGAAAGGGAUGUUGUUUCUUGUACUGCUAUAAUCUCAGGCUAUGCACAGCUGGGUCUUGAUGAAGAGGCAUUAGAUUUAUUCCGUAGAUUGCAGAGGGAGGGAAUGAGGUCAAAUUAUGUUACUUAUGCUAGUGUUUUAACUGCAUUAUCUGGGCUUGCUGCAUUGGAUCACGGCAGACAAGUUCACAGUCAUGUUCUUCGGGCCAAACUGCCCUUCUAUGUGGUUCUUCAGAAUUCUCUGAUCGAUAUGUACUCAAAAUGUGGAAGCCUCACAUACUCAAGAAGGAUCUUUGAUAGCAUGCCUGAGAGAACUGUCAUCUCAUGGAAUGCCAUGCUUGUGGGAUAUAGCAAACAUGGUCUGGGAAGAGAGGCUGUUGAGCUUUUCAAAUUGAUGAAGGAAGAAAAUAAAGUCAAACCUGAUAGCGUCACUUUUUUGGCUGUUCUAUCUGGUUGCAGCCAUGGAGGGAUGGAAGAUAGAGGGCUUGAAAUUUUUUAUGAGAUGGUGAACCAGAAAGAUGGAUUUGAGCCAGAGAUUGAGCAUUAUGGGUGUGUUGUUGAUUUGUUUGGGCGUGCAGGCCGCGUGGAAGAGGCUUUCGAAUUUAUCAAAAAGAUGCCUUUUGAGCCAACUGCUGCUAUUUGGGGUUCACUUUUAGGUGCUUGUAGGGUUCACCAGAAUGUUCACAUUGGGGAAUUUGUGGCUCGUCGACUCUUAGAAAUUGAGCCUGAAAAUGCUGGGAAUUAUGUUAUUCUUUCCAAUUUGUAUGCUUCUGCAGGGAGAUGGGACGCUGUAAGAACGGUCAGGGAGUUGAUGAAGGAGAAGGCUGUGAUAAAGGAGCCUGGGAGAAGUUGGAUUGAGCUUGAUCAAACUCUUCAUACUUUUCAUGCAAGUGAUCGAUCCCAUCCAAGAAAGGAAGAGGUAUUUGCCAAGGUGAGGGAGUUAUCAAUCAAGAUCAAGGAAGCUGGUUAUAUUCCUGAAUUGAGUUGUGUUUUGUAUGAUGUGGAUGAUGAACAGAAGGAAAAAAUACUCCAAGGUCACAGUGAAAAACUGGCAUUAGCUUUUGGGCUGAUUUGUACACCUGGAGGAACAUCAGUCCGGAUCAUAAAAAACCUUCGGAUUUGUGUUGAUUGCCACAAUUUUGCCAAGUUUUUGUCAAGGGUUUAUUGUAGAGAAGUGUCUUUGAGGGAUAAGAACCGCUUCCAUCAUAUCGUUGGAGGAACCUGUUCUUGUGGAGAUUACUGGUGAGCUUUGACGAUUCUUUGACAGGUGAAUCUUCUCUGUUUGUACAUUAGUUUCUGGUUUCAGCAUAUCACAUUAUUGUUUCCUAUAGAUUAUGAGAUGAGCAGACAAACCAUAUCUCUGAAACAGCAAGAUGGAACUCAAUAUACUGACAUAUGCCAUGAGAAAUGACUUGUCUUCAAUAACAAAGAGUUUCCAAGUGGAGAAGCUUUCCGAUUCUUUCUGAUUGGAGAAAUUUGGUUUUGAUGAAUAUAAGACACACAAGACAAACUGCAGUUUCCUGGUGAGAAGAUUCUAAACUGGACCUUGAGGCAGUAAAGGGUGAUUAAGAUCAUCCUGCCGCAGAUGAUUUUUCUUGUUUCUAAUGCAAGGUUUUCUGAGAAAACUCCAUGAGCUUUGCUUGAUCAUUGCAGCAACUUGAAAGCCCAGACAUUAGUUUUGCAGAUAAAGAUAAGAAGAGCAGCAUAAUUAUGUUGAUGCAGGCUAGAUUUUUUGUUUUCUCUACAUUUCCCAGCAUCCAAGCAUUUUUAAAAUACUGAGCUUUUGUGUAGGAUCCCAGUGGAAAUGGUUGGGAAUGUUAGCGGUUAGAGGAGAAGUAGAAUGAAAUCAGUAUGAUAUGAUCUUGUAGGCAGUGAAUUCUGUCAAAAUUUGAAAUUUCAAAUAAAAUUGCUCUAUAACAAUUAUAAAA